GGCGCGCACGUGAGUGGUGGUGCUGGUGCACGGUGGUCGCAGCCGGCGACGGCCUCCUCACACGGCUGGCUUAGCCGUAUAAUAAACCCACCUUGAUUAGCCCUGACACGCCCUCCCCACCAACCACUUCGCCACCCCGCCGCUCGCCAUCUGCUCCCCUGCGGCUGCGACUUCGAGACAUGGCAGCGCAAACUUCGGCGGCCUCGACCCUUGCCUUCGGGCACCACAAAACCCUAGCCGCCGCCGCGGUGCCCAAAAUCCUGCCGGCCGCGGCCUCCGUCUCCUUCCCGGCCACCCAGCCGGCGUGCCUCCUCUCCGCGUCCGCCGCCCGCCGCCGGGAUGUCGCCGCCAUGGUCUCGGCGCCGCCGGCCGUCGGCACCGCCAUGCCGUCGCUCGACUUCGAGACCACCGUCUUCAAGAAGGAGAAGGUCUCGCUCGCCGGCCACGAGGAGUAUAUUGUCAGGGGCGGGAGGAACCUGUUCCCGCUGCUCCCGGAGGCGUUCAAGGGGGUCAAGCAGAUCGGUGUCAUUGGAUGGGGCUCGCAGGGUCCUGCACAAGCCCAGAACCUGAGAGAUUCACUGGCCGAAGCAAAGUCAGACAUUGUUGUGAAGAUUGGUCUCCGGAAAGGUUCCAAAUCUUUUGAGGAAGCACGUGCUGCUGGAUUCACCGAAGAGAGUGGAACCUUGGGCGAUAUUUGGGAGACUGUUUCAGGCAGCGAUCUCGUGUUAUUGUUGAUAUCAGAUGCUGCACAGGCAGACAACUAUGAGAAGAUCUUCUCUUACAUGAAACCAAAUAGCAUUCUUGGUUUAUCUCAUGGAUUUCUUCUGGGACAUUUGCAAUCGCUUGGGCUUGAUUUCCCAAAGAACAUCAGUGUGAUUGCUGUAUGCCCCAAGGGAAUGGGUCCAUCCGUCCGUAGGCUUUAUGUUCAGGGCAAGGAAGUAAAUGGAGCUGGCAUCAACUCUAGCUUUGCCGUGCACCAGGACGUUGAUGGAAGGGCAACUGAUGUUGCUCUAGCAUGGUCAAUUGCACUUGGCUCUCCCUUCACAUUUGCUACCACUUUGGAACAGGAGUACAAGAGUGAUAUCUUUGGAGAGCGGGGCAUUUUGCUGGGUGCUGUACAUGGCAUUGUGGAGGCUCUGUUUAGGAGGUACACUGAACAGGGAAUGGAUGAAGAGUCAGCCUACAAAAACACUGUCGAGGGCAUUACUGGGAUUAUCUCGAAAACAAUCUCAAAGAAGGGGAUGCUUGAAGUCUACAACUCUUUGAGCGAGGAAGGUAAGAAGGAGUUCAACAAGGCUUACAGUGCCUCAUUUUAUCCUUGCAUGGAUAUACUCUUCGAGUGCUAUGAAGAUGUGGCCUCCGGAAGUGAAAUCCGGAGCGUGGUGUUGGCUGGGCGGAGGUUUUAUGAGAAAGAGGGACUACCAGCAUUUCCAAUGGGCAACAUUGAUCAAACUCGCAUGUGGAAGGUUGGUGAAAAGGUGCGCUCGACACGUCCAGAGGGCGAUCUUGGCCCACUGCAUCCCUUCACUGCUGGAGUGUACAUUGCUCUGAUGAUGGCUCAGAUUGAGAUCCUGAGGAAGAAGGGGCACUCCUACUCGGAGAUCAUCAACGAGAGCGUGAUCGAGUCAGUGGAUUCGCUGAACCCCUUCAUGCAUGCCCGCGGCGUGGCCUUCAUGGUGGACAACUGCUCCACGACGGCUCGCCUAGGAUCCAGGAAGUGGGCGCCGCGCUUCGACUACAUCCUGACGCAGCAGGCCUUUGUGACGGUGGACAAGGAUGCCCCGAUCAACCAGGACCUCAUCAGCAACUUCAUGUCCGACCCCGUGCACGGUGCCAUUGAGGUCUGCGCAGAGCUGAGGCCCACCGUUGACAUCUCCGUCCCUGCCAACGCAGACUUUGUGCGCCCGGAGCUCCGGCAGUCUUCCUAGAUUGAGGUGGUGCGCAGAGAGAAAGAGAGAAAGUUUGCCUCCGGAGUUAAGAGUGGGUGGUGUAUGUGUUGAGCGACUGCUUGAAGUCCUGAACGUGUGUGAGCUGCUAGACCUGAGGAAGUUUGGGUAUUUGUUUCCGGAAUAAAAUAGGCCCUUCAUCGAAUAGCAUGGGGGAGGGUCUGUGUGAAAGUUUUGUAAGAAAAGAUCUGUGUGAAAGUAUGGACUGAAUAAGUGAUCUUGCUUCGCA